AUGUCUAGACGAAUCUUAUUGUGUUUCGUAUUAGUUUUAGUAUUGGCAUUGGUCGCUUCACUUUCACAAGCAAAGGAAGAACCACAUGUUGUAACUAAACAUGAUAAGGAUGGUGUGUUGACUGUUGUUAUUGAUAUGAGUGGAAGUAAAAAGAAGAAGGUAGAAAAGAAAGCAGAGAAGGUGGCGAAAGUAGACGAAAGUAAAUUAAAGGUAGAUUCACUUUCUAAACAAGCUGCUGCUAUUAUUGAAACAUCUAUAUCAUCAAAGGAGGCUACUCAAAUUGCGCAAGAUUUGUUAACACUCGCCAAUGAAAUUAGAAACGUUGAAAAACUCAUCCCAGGUGAUCAAGAAAAAGAAAAGAAAGAUUUGAAAGAUCAAUUGACAGUUAUUGUUUCAAAUCUUGUUCAACAAGCAGAAACUCCAAAAGCAUUGUUAUUGGAAUCUUCACUCGUACUUGCUGCUCAACAAAAGAAAGCAGAACAAUCUUCCCCAGUUGACUAUGACAAGGUUUCUGUUGAAGAUCUCCUUGGAAAUUCAAAGAAAUCUAGCAAGGGAGCCAAAACUCUCAUUAUUCCAUCAAAUCCUUGGGAUUGGGCAGCAUUAGGUUUGAAUUUCGUAGAUGGAAUUGGAACUUACAGUCAAAAAUUCAACAAGGUUGGAGAAUUUAUGAAAGGAAAAGUUGCUGAUAAAUUGGAAAAAUGGAAUAUGAAGUCAUUGGCAUCAGUUUCGAGAAAUGCUGGCUCAUCAAUUAGUUCAUAUUCAAAGAAAUUGGAACCGUAUGAGCAAAAAGCUGCCAAAUUUAUUGCACCAGUUGUGAAAUCAAAGACCUUCCAAGUUAUUACCAAGUCGGUGAAUGUUGUUUCUGGUGUUUUGAGUGUUCAUGGAGGUUUGAAGGCAUUGAAUUUGAUUAAGGGAGGUGGUGUUAAAUUGCCAACCAGUUAUGCUGCUUUGAAGACUACUCUCUCCAAGGUUGUUGCCAAAUCUAAUACUUUAAUUAAGAAUGGAAAGACUUUUAUCACAUCUAGUGGAAAGGUCACUAAAAUUGUUGGUGCUUCCAAGAAGGCCUUAACCACUGCUGGAAGAUUAACCAAAUUGAAUGCUGCUCAAUUCAAGAGAAUGUCAACAUGGAAUAAGAUUAGACACGUUGAUGGUAUCUAUACUGGUUAUGAUGCUGCUAAGGGUUUGAAGGGUGAUUUGAAGAAUGUCAAGAAUAGAGUUACAAAUAAGUUGAAAAACAAUACACCAAGAAAGGCACCAACUGGUAAUAAUAGAUCCAAUUCUAGAAAUACCAAAAAUACCAGAAAUACCAGAAAUACUGGAAAUAGUAGAAAUACCAGAAAUUCCAGUAAUGGAAGAAGUAGAUCAUCAUCCAAUACUACUCGUAGACAAAAUGCAAGCAAUACUAGAGGAAAUGUUAAAAGAUCAAAUAGUUCAACAACUAGAACUUCUUCCACCAAGUCAACUAGAUCAAACAUUAGCUCAAGAAAGUCUUCAAGUGGUUCUUCUAGAAGAACUGCUCCUACCAGAAAACAAACUAUAUCAAGUAAAAGAACUGGCGGCGGAAGAAAAUAA